UAAUACAUUUUAAAGCAACAUUCUACAUGUCUGAGUACGAAAUCGGAGAAUGAUGAAAAUCAUCAAGCAGAGACUAGAUACUAUUUCCUUUUUUAUGGGGUUCCUGUUUCACACUGGGCAGUUGCAUCUCUGCAAGAUGGUUUGGAUUUCUAAUGCAAAGCUGAAUGUUACAUUUCAGCAGGCUGCAGGGGUUGUUGUUUUUUGGUUGUUUAGUUACAGCUCAGUGUGUUUUGUGAGUUGAACCUGCAGUUUAUUAGCCUGCUCCUGCGUUUAUUAUUAGUAUUAUUAUUUACUGUGUGACCCACUUUUGUAAUUUUAUCAGCGGCAAAACCAGACGAUGACCCAGUUAACAGGCUUCCAAGACAAAUACUGACUCCGAUAGACCAGCACUUUUGGAAACAGAACGGCAUUGUCAGGGAGGGAAAAAAGAAAAAGCAGCAAGUCAGAAGGUUUCUGCUAAUGUUGUGGUGAUUCCCAAUAAUCUAUGUAAGUGGGUCAGUAGCUUAAUGGGCACAUCUAUGCAGGGACAUUUAUGAAAUAUGGGAGGGGUGAGUGAGUUAAAUCUGUCAGUGAGGCAGCAACAAGCAUUUUCAAGACUAUUUCAGAAUGUCUGCUUGCUCUCUCUUAAUUCAAGAAAAGAUAUUUAGUACAUAGGGUUGCCAUAUUUCCAAAAGUGAAAAUCUGGACAAAUCUGGAACAUCCCCCCCCCAAAAAAAUAUGUUUUGGGGGCUUUUCUUGGAUUUUUAAAACUUUUUUUAAAAAACAAAACACCCUACUUGCCACACACCCAGGUUUUCUUGGAUAUUUUGCCCAUUUAGCAAAAAUCCGCCCGGAUGCCAUUUUGCAGCCCAAUUCGUGGAUGUGUCCGGGAAGACUCAGACAUAUGGCAGCCCUAACUUAGGAAAGCUCUUUUCAUGUCUAUUUUCAUCUAUUUCCCAAUAUAAUAUAAUAUAAUAUAAUAUAAUAUAAUAUAAUAUAAUAUAAUAAAUAUAAUAUAAUCCCCCAUAUGAAUCAAUGGGAUGUACUGCCAUCUAAGCACAUGUUAGGAUUGCAGCAUUAGGAGCACAGCAGUGAAAAAGCCCUGCUGAAACUCUGUGGGAUUUCCUUCUGAGCAAACAUGCAUCAUCAGGCAAUAAAAAUGACUGUGGUAAAGGAAACCAAUGAAAUAAAUGAAUGUUCUGCACCAAUAUAAGCUGACUAAUGCAGACAUAUGCGUAUAAAGGUGCCGGCUGACAUGCAGAAAUUUCAGCCGCUAAAGGUUUUCCUGGAAUGAAGACUGGCGGUGGGAAAAGAUUUAGGUCCCAGUUGCCUGUGGGUUGGACUACUAAGAGUGCAGGAGCAGAGCUAGUAAUUAAAAAAAUAAAUGUGAUAAUCAUAUAACUAUUUUCAGCUGGAUGUUGCAAAUUUACACAAGGUAUCGCUUCCACCUUAUCUUAUUUUUAAAUAGUUUUGUAAAUUCAUAUUUCUAAAAGCUUUAUUACACAAUUCUGCAAAGCGCACCCACAAUUCAUUUUUUCCCUCCUUUGCACAAUCCUUCAAGUCCUUUGGAGCGAUUUAUCCAGAUGCUGGCAGACCGGAAAUGGUUGGGGAAAUGGUUUCUUACAAAAUAUUUGUACCAAUCCCCUGAACAGGCGAAUGCCACAAGGCCCUUCUUUCGUGACCAACACACGUGGGAAGAAGCAAGUUGCAGUUCUGGGUAUGGGAUCAGCCUUCAGAUUUUUAUUUUUCUCUCUCUAAAUAAGGAAAGAGGAUUUGAAUCAGCAAGAACAUUCCUAUAAGUGAAUGGGAUCACUCCUUCUAAAUUUUGCUCAAAGGUCUGGGAACACAGGAAGCUGCCCCACAAGUGCCCAUUCAGCUUCUUUGAUCUGCAUAGUGUGUGCUUUUACAAGUGCUCGAUAAUGCACUCCCAGUGUAGCUGCACCUGCCCUUUGGAACUCCCUGCCUCUUGACAUUAAGGCAGGUCCCCUCGAGGUACAUAUGGGCAGGGGAAAGUGUUUCAUUAUGUACUGAGGUGGCAAGAUAGCCUACCUCACAGGGCUGGUGUGAUGAUGAGUGGGAAGGAGGCAUGCCGCCCUUGAGCUCAUUGGUGAUGAAAGGUGCGAUAUAAAUGUAACCCUAAUACACGUGAAACCACCACCUCAUGUGCACGUCUGACUGCGCUAACUAGCGUUGCUGGAUGUUUUACUGGGAUAACGCUGUCGAGUGCUUUUCCCCCACACUCUUUGAUAUUUAUUUUCUUUUUCAUCGAUUUCCUCACUUGAAAUCUGAACAUACCAACCCCCACCCCGCGCGCCCCAAAUCUCUCCUUGCUGGGUAGCCAUGGCUACCCGACGUGCCAUUCGUCCGCUAGCUCCGCCCUUUUGUCGACAACCCUUCUUUCUCAGUGGAGGAUAGGCGCGUCGCUCUCCCUUCCGGAGGAGCCGGUUGGCUACGACGAUUCCGUUACACGUCCCCGCCUCUCGAGGCCCGUUGUACCUGUAUUUGCGUGCGUGGGGGUUGGCUCCUUGAAUCGGCAGCUUUUCAUUGGCGGGAUUCGUUCUCCCUUGCCAUUCAUUGGAGGGAUUUGGAUCUCUCUUUUUUUUGCGCCCACCCCUUGGAAGCCUUCGCAAAGCCGCAUUGGACAUCUUCGCCCGUCGCUCCGCGCAGGGAAAGCUCUGAUUGGUAGGCGGUUUGCUUCUUCCCCCACCCCUCAAGGUUUCGCAGAGGGGAGGAGGCGGCGGCGAAGGCGUUCGGCGCAAGCGCAGUGCCCGCCGUUUCCGCGGCGAAUGGGGCCGCGCUGCGGAUGGAGCCGCUGCAGAAUGGAAGCGGCGCGGAGGGAGAGGAGGCGAGGCCGCCGCCGGGCGCCAUGGCGUCGGGGCGCGAGGCCGGACCCCCCGCGGAGCAACGGCUGAGGCGAAGCCCCGCCCCUGCGGCCCUGGCCGGGCGGCGGCGCAACGGCGCCUCUGGAAAGGCGGAGGCCGCGGAGCGUCGCGAGGAGCGCGCUGGCCCCGCCCCCCGGCCGCGCCUCGACUCCCUCCGCAAGAACCGCCCUCGUGAGUGGCUGCUAGGGGGCGCCGGGGGGCGGGGCUUGACCGGGAGGGGCGGGGCCUGGGAGAGGGGGCGGGGCCUCGCGGGGUUGGGGCGGGGCUCCCUAUCAAAUAGCUAGGCAUGGCUUGAGCUUUCAUUUAUUAUUAAAAUUAUAUUAAUUUUUGUUGAUUAAAUUUGCAUUCGAUUUAAUUAUUUCAUAACAUUUAGACACUGCUAGAUUGUAAAAAAACCUCGAAAAGAUAAAAUGAGGAACCAUAUUCUGCUCUAUUCAGGGUAGGAUUAGAUUUCACAUUGUUAUCUUAUUGUUCUGACUUCCUUCCACCUCCAUUUUAUCUCUCUUACUGCAUUUGCAGCCCACCUUUUUUCUCUCCUUCCCUCCCUUCCUCAGCUCCAUUUUAGGGUCACGACAACCCCGUGAAGUUGAAACAAAAUAAAAAAAAAUCCUUCCUGUAGCACCUUAGAGACCAGCUCAGUUUGUUAUUGGUAUGAGCUUUCGUGUGCCUUUUUCUUUUCUACGAAAAAAUAGAUUGUACCUACCUGUAACUAGAACCCAUGAGGUUGGUUAGGUUCAGAGACAGGGACUUACCUCAAGGGCCUCUCUCAAGUUUUGUGACUGCGUGAGGGUCUGAACCCUGGUCUCCCAGGUCCUAGUUAAAUGCUCUGACCACUACUCUGCCCUGGCACUUCACAAGAACCCUGUGAUGUAGAUUAGGGGGAGAGAGAGAGAGGUGGAUAUUGCUGGCUCAGAAUUGCCUGUGGAGCAUCAUGAAUGAGUGUAGAUUUGAACUUGAGUCUCCCUGGUCCUCAUAUAAAUAUUUUGGUGGCUGGAAUUUGCAGACGGAGCUAUAUAAAUUGUAGCUUGAGAAAGGAAAGAUUGUGCUAUCUGUGGCAGCUGAUAAGAAAAAGAAGAGGCUUGUGACCGCUUUUAUUUAUUUAUUUAACCUGGGAAUUUCCAACAAAGCUUGAACAAUUUCAAAAUGCAGAAAGCAAAAAUAAAGUACAGUGUAGUAAUUUAAAGUAACAUACUGGCUAUGUACUGCUCCCGCUAGAGAUUGCAUCUACAGUAGUACCUCGGGUUACAUAUGCUUCAGGUUACAGAUGCUUCAGGAUACAGACUCCGCUAACCCAGAAAUAUUACCUUGGGUUAAGAACUUUGCUUCAGGAUGAGAACAGAAAUUGUGCAGUGGCGGCGCAGCGGCAGCAGGAGGCCCCAUUAGUUAAAGUAGUGCUUCAGGUUAAGAACAGUUUCAGGUUAAGAACAGACCUCCAGAAUGAAUUAAGUUCUUAACCCGAGGUACCACUGUAAACCUAACAAACCCAGUGCAGAUAAACCAAAUGGAAUGGCAUUAAAAGGCAGAGGGGAGGCCUUUUACAGUUGCAGGGGAGCCACUACUUAGAGAACUCUGUUGCUGGUAGCCACUUGUACCUCAGAUGGUUAAGGAACCCAGAGAUGAAAGCUUAGUGUAAUGCAGAGGCAGGGAAUCAGCUAAAAUACUGUGAAACAGUGCUAUGAGAUUCUGUGUGAAGAAUGCCCUGCGUAUUUAUAUACUACACAUUCAUGGACUUUCAUAAGUCUAACAGAGGAAAUCUUGUUUCUAGAUGAGAUUUUUUAAAAUACAUAAACAAUUGACUCAUGUAUGGCAUCACCAACUUUAGUACGUGUGCAUUUUUAAAAAAUCUCAUUUUGAAGACCAAUUCUGUAUCUGACAUUACACCACUGCCAUCUUGUUCAUUCUAUGCAUAUAAUGGAUGCCACAUGGCUUACGCCAUAAGAAACUCAUUUAUCUUAAAUGAAGCCAUGAGAUUGUUUGCUGAAGCAGGUUUAUGUCGCUAUUUUUCCUGAAUGUACAUAGAUGUCAGCAAGCUGAAAAACUCUGGAAUUCAUUGUCUGAAUAAACAUGAGGCUUCUAUCAGGAUGGCAGGCAUGAAAAAGCUGACUCUGAAUCUUGAGCCUGUCCAUAAUUAUUACAGAAGAAUCUUAUGUUUGUAGCACGAGAACUAGGGCUGGAUCCUGUUCUGGUCUAAUCAAUCUAGAGUUGAAAAGAGUGUGGCUUUUUUCAAAAAAGAAUAUGUUGAUGAGCUAGCCCUGCCUUCUGCAACUUGGUGCCCUCAAAAUGUUUUGGAUUGCAAGUCCCAGUUGCCACAUUCUGAUUUAGAGGAAGUGGUGGUGUUCAUUGGGAAAUGCCUAGAUAAGGUUGGCAGAUGUUUGCUGGAGGUCUUGAGUAGGGCAAAAUCUCAGUGAAGGUGCAAAAAGGGGGAAGGAGCUGACGGGGUAUCAUUGUUGCAAAUGGGGUUCAAGAAUCAGGGCCAUAAGACUGCCUUUGUUGUGCAGUUGCGCAUUGCAAUUAAUUCGAGCUGAAAGGGAUGUUGACACUUAGCUGCAGAAAUCAUGCCUGGUUUGCUGUGUUCAAAGGGUUGCUUUGCAUAUUUUCAGCAGCUCCCUAUAUCCCCCUUCACCAACUAUCUGAAUGUUAGGUUGAUGAAAUAAUUACAUAAUUGCAAAUCCUCCUGCUGCAGCUGAUAAACUGCAAAGAAAAUGGAGGCCCUGGCACAGGGGUUGGGAAAAUUUGUUUCUUUGGUUUAGCUGCAGUUUUCUGCACCUCAGGACUGUUGCUUGUUUGAAUGCUGUUAGUCAUGCAAAAAAUUCUGCUGGACACACAAAUCUGCGUGAAUUGUGCUUGAUCAUUAUCCACUCUGGGAUACAGCUGGUAAUCAUGUUGCACAUCUGCAAAUACUAUUCAGGCAGUUUCUGGGGUGACACUAGAUGAUGCAGUUCAAUAUGUACUGAAGGUUUAGGUUUUUUAAAGUGUGAUUUGAAGUCAUUUUGAUAAAUCUAGCCUUUCCUCACUUGCACCUGAGCAUUUGGUAUAUAAGGUUCUCGGGAAUCUUUGCCACCUGAGAAGCAAAACAUUUUGUUGGUAGGAAUCUGGUCUACAUAAAGCUACAUAUGCAUGGCAGUUGUGAUGGUGUGGAAAUGGCUUUUUGUGCAUGCUUAAUGUCAGUCUAGGUACUCAGCACAGGUAGAAGAAAAACAAAUGACUUUCCUUCUUGGAGGUUUUUAAGCAGAGGUUGGAUGGCCAUCUGUCAUGUAUUAGUUGAGAUUCCUGCAUUGCAGGGGGUUGGACUAGAUGACCCUUGGAUCCCUCCCAACAAUAUAAUUCUAUGAUAAUGCCUGAUAUGAGACACACAUGUAUAAAAAUAUAUUUUGAAAAGGUAUGUAACACAAGUUGUUCAUAUGGUCAUGCUUUUCGGAUGCCGGAUUAUCGUCUUGCAAUGAACUACUCUAUUCCCAACUUUUGAAUGAAAAGUGUAAUGCCGGUGGACAACAAAAGAGGUUUAAAGACACUCUCAAGGCAAAUCUUUAAAAAUGUAGUAUAAAUACCGACAAAUGGGAAACACUGGCCUGCGAGCGCUUCAGUUGGAGAACAGCCUUUACCAAAGGUGUCAUGGGCUUUGAAGACGCUCGAACUCAGGACACAAGAGAGAAAUGUGCUAAGAGGAAGGCACGCUUGGCAAAUCUACACCGUGAUAGCCUGGAAACCUAUGUCCCCACUGUGGAAGGAAGUGUGGAUCCAGAAUUGGCCUCCAUAGUCACGUACGAGUACACCGUUAAAACCGUAUUCAUGGAAGACAAUCGUACUCGGCUACGAGUGAUUGCCAAAGAAGAAGAAUGAGACACAGUUCCAAUAAAAAUGCUGCUCCUAUAAAAGAAAUGGAGCCCCUUUCAUAAAAGUCCCUCCCUCAAAGAAAUGCAAUGCAGCUGGGUCUGUUUUUCCUGCUAUUAAAAAAGAAAAAGAAAAAAGGUCUAGCCAGUGGAACGUCACAAAGCAGAUAUAUUGCAGGCCUUCAGUGGAGGCCAGCUUGUGGGAUGAAUUCAUUUUAUACGUGAGACAGGACUGGAGUAACUGAGCCUGAAAGUACAAUGGCUGCAAGUCAUUAUCCUUACCUUCUGCCAAGAAAAUGUCUUGGUUGGAGAUAGUAUCCCUUUCCACCCCACCAUCCUCAUGCAGAAUUGAUUUGUGCUCCAGCACUGGCUAGGCGGAGAUCACACGUCCUAAAAAACGGAGAGGCAGGGAGAUCAUGGGGAUCCUGACAGUGGAAGUUGCUAGUUCUUGCCAGUCCCCUCCCCCCACCAGACUUCAAAGGCACAUGCAGUAGUGUUUUGUGUGUGUAAAAGAAUCUGGAAGACAAGUUAUUUUAAAAACGAAUAUUUUGUAUAAGUGUAAGUUGUGCAAGGGACGUGGGUGGCGCUGUGGGUUAAACCACAGAGCCUAGGACUUGCCGAUCAGAAGGUCAGCGGUUCGAAUCCCCGCGAUGGGGUGAGCUCCUGUUGCUCGGUCCCUGCUCCUGCCAACCUAGCAGUUCGAAAGCACGUCAAAGUGCAAGUAGAUAAAUAGGUACCGCUCCGGUGGGAAGGUAAACGGCGUUUCCGUGCGCUGCUCUGGUUUGCCAGAAGCGGCUUAGUUGUGCUGGCCACAUGACCCGGAAGCUGUACACCGGCUCCCUCGGCCAAUAAAGCGAGAUGAGCACCGCCACCCCAGAGUUGUCCUUGACUGGACCUAUGGUCAGGGGUUCCUUUACUUUUAAGUUGUGCAAGACCAAAAUUGUGGUCUUUGGGAAACAUAGCCCCAGAUUCAAAUGGAAAGUGGACCAGCAGGAAUCUGGAGUAAGCGUGUUCCUUUAGACACAGUCGUGGAAGGGACAUUUGAUUUGUAAGUCGCUUUUCCCCUCAGUGAUGUCCUCUCCUGUCUCCCAUGUUACUACGACUUGGAGUCGACCAACGAAAUUGACUGCUGGGGGACUCUGGACAAACAAAGCGAGGAACUUCUUUACACAGCACAUGAUGAAACUAUGGAAUUGACUGCAAUGGCUGUCAGCUUGCGCGUGGCUUUAAAAAGGGGAUUAGAUCAAUCCAUGGAGUCUAAAGCUAUCAGUGACUGCUAGUCAUGAUGGCUGUGUUCCUGCCUCCAGUCUCAGAGGCAUCAUGCAGGGGUCAGCAAACUUUUUCAGCAGGGGCCGGUCCACUGUCCCUCAGACCUUGUGGGGGGCCGGACUAUAUUUUUUGGGGGGGAAAUGAACAAAUUCCUAUGCCCCACAAAUAACCCAGGGGUGCAUUUUAAACAAAAGCAUACAUUCUAAUGUAAAAACACCAGGCAGGCCCCACAAAUAACCCAGGGGUGCAUUUUAAACAAAAGGACACAUUCUACUCAUGUAAAAACAUGCUGAUUCCCAGACCGUCCGCGGGCCGGAUUUAAAAGGCGAUUGGGCCGCAUCCGGCCCCCGGGCCUUAGUUUGCCUACCUGUGCCUCAUGCCUCUGAAUGCCAGGUGCUGGGAAUGACAGUGGGAGAGGGCUGCUGGCAUCUAGCCCUGCUUCAGCUGGAUAGCUCAGUUGGUUAGAGCAUGGUGCUGAUAAUGCCAAGGUUUCAGGUUCAAUCCCCAUAAGGGACAGCUGCCUAGCCCUGCAUUGCAGGGGGUUGAACUAGACUGGGGUUUCUCAAACUUGGGAGUCUCCAGUUGUUUUUGGACUACAGUUCCCAUCAUCCCUGACCACUGGUCCUGCUAGAUAGGGAUGAUAGGAGUUGUAGUCCAAAAACAGCUGUGGCCCUGCCAACCACUGGUAAGUGGCUCCACCAAGAAAAUUACCGCAAGGCAAUGUUGCCCUUGAAAUGUUCUUCACCUUUUUAAAAUAAUGGCCUCUUUUAGGAAUGCCUGUAAAUCUAUGAAGCAGCAUUUCUGAAAUUCUUAGAAAUAGUCCAUCUUGUACCUCUUCUGUACAUGGCCGCAGAGGAAGUGAGGGAGAAUGCAUUUCUCACUCUGGCAAAUGUACUUAAUGCUUCUAACUUCCGCUGUUCUUAUGCUAGAACAGCAACAAGUACUUCUUAACAUGGUCAUUAAUAUGUGCUUGGGGUAGUUCCCUGAACUGUUGCUUCAGCUUUGAUUUUGAGAAACAGGUGACCUGGUAACAUCACUUGCAACCACUUUGAUUCUGGUUUACUGACUUUCUCACCAAUAGCAUGGUUUUUUGGGGGGGAGUAAUCCGGAGGGGUAUUUGUAGUUUACAGUCGCUAUCCGUAGUGCUAUUUAUUUUAAUGGGUUAGUCAGGAACAGCUGGUUGGUAUAUAUGGAUUUAUACACCAUGUACGUUUAGCUAAUGGGCAGGCCUUGCCGGGUCAGAAGUUUGGGUAUAAAUGUAAAAACAAAGAACAGUUCAAAUUAGUUACUUAUAGCAGGCAUUUCCAGCCUUGAACAUUGGAAUGUAUCUUCCACACCUGGCUUUGGUAAUAAAACUAGUCGUUUUGUCUGCGGAGGGUGUUAAUACAUUCUGUUGGUUUUGUAUUUGAUGUGUGUUUUGUGCACUGCAAGCCUUUUCUCCUUUAGGCUCUCUUUCCACUCAGGUUCCCAAUGCUCAGCCUUCUUGCCCACCCCCAACUUCCUUUCUCUUAUGCAUUUGCAGUUCUUUCCCUAAUGUGGCAGAAACCGUGUGGCUUUGCCAAGUUUCUAAUUCAUGUGUUGAUGCUAGAACGUAUGUGAACAUUCUGCGGUGUCAUGACAGUUUAGCGAGUGGUUGGGGUGAGCCCUUGUCAACUGGGGGCGGCAACUGGGUUUUAUUUUUAUUUAUCAAAUUUGUAUACCGCCCUUCAUCCGUGGAUCUCGGGGCAGUUCACAGCAUAAAAACACAAGAUCAGUUUAGUCUCUUUAGAAAUGUAUAAUAAAACACCACCAUUGUAAUGAUCCCUUUUCUCCCUUAUUCCUUUCAGUCUUUCCUUGGUUUGGCUUGGAUAUUGGAGGGACCUUGGUGAAGCUUGUGUAUUUUGAACCAAAAGACAUCACCAUGGAGGAAGAAGAGGAGGAAGUGGAGAAUCUGAAGAGCAUCCGGAAAUACCUGACCUCCCACACUGCCUAUGGCUCUACAGGCAUUCGUGAUGUUCACCUUGAGCUAAAGGACCUUAUGCUGUGUGGACGUAAAGGCAAUCUGCACUUUAUACGCUUCCCUACUCAUGACAUGCCUGCUUUUAUUCAAAUGGGCAGCGAAAAGCACUUCUCAAGCCUCCACACUACCUUAUGUGCCACAGGAGGUGGAGCAUAUAAAUUUGAGCAGGACUUUCGCACAGUAUGCAAUUUUUGGCUUAUAUAUUUUUAAGCUGCUAUAGCACAUGGUUAAAGCUUGCAAAACAGAGGUGCUGCAUGUCUUCAUAACCUCUGCAGCAACUCUCUUUUGUAAUGCUGUUUCCUGAUUUGAGUGUAAGGGCAGUGUGAAGCUGGUCUCUGCCAGGUGUGGGAAACUUUUGGCCCGAUAGAUGUUGCUGAAGUACAACUCCCAUCAUCCCCGGCCAUUGGCCAUGCUGGUUGGGGCUGAUGGGAGUUGUAGUUCAGCAGCAUUUGAAGGGCUGGAUCUACACUGAUAUGAAAAAUGCUAUAAAAAUGCUUUAAAAUUUAGCUCUCAAUGCAAUUGACCAUUGGUGAUGGAUUGCUGCUCUACAGCGUCCUCUGUUAUCACAUUUUUAUAACGCCUUUAUAAUGUUAUAAUUAACCAGUGUAGCCGAGGCCCUGGUUUGCUAGAUGCAAACUUUAACAUUGUUCUUGCAUUCCAUGAAACAAAACUUCCAUGAGAAAAACUCUGUGAGCAAGAUGAUUCUGCCAGCUAUUGCUGCUCCAUCAUUGCCAUCUCUUCGGGAUCUUAACACUGCCUUCAUCAGCCUCUGUUGCUCUCUAGGUAUUUGGGACUACAACUCCCAUUGGCGUGUGCGGAUAGCAGUUGUAGUCCAAAAUAUCUGGAGAGCACCAGGUUGGUGAAGGCUGGCUUAAUGUAGGAUAGCUGACUGAAGAGUUUGUAUUGUACUGAUGGUAGUGGUGACUGCGAUAACUUAGUCCAAGCUGCAUGCUUCCCUGGCUUCACCACUGGGUUGCAGGUUUGGUGUGCGCACAGAAUGCUGCUGCUCAGAACCGUGUUAGAAACGCUUUCUUAGGUAACCAAAGACAAGUGAGGGGGAAAGCAGUGAAAGGAGUUCCUUUGCAUCCUCUCCAUGUCUGCUUCAGCAGCUGUUCUUCAUUCAUUAGGCAGGGGUGCUGGUUUACGGCAUGCCUGUGAUUUCACUGUGAAUCAUAGAAUUUAGGUCUAUUAAACAGACCUUUGCUUCUCAGCUGCUUCCUCCCUCGUUCUAAACAAAAAAAGAAUUGUAUCUCAUACAUGCUGGGAAGGAUGAAUGUUGAUGGUUAAAUGUGGGCUAAUUUAACAAUCAACUCUCAUCCUUUCCAGCGUCUUUGAACUACGUUUUUCUAUCUCUUUUGCUUUUGUUUACAACAUUAGAUGUUUCCUGUUUUUUGUGUGUGUUUCUUCUAUUGUCCUGCCCAUCCUGUUUUUCAGUUUCCAGAGAUUAAACCUUCAUGAAAUCAGACUUCAGCGCUGUGGCUAAACUUCAGAGUAGCUACUGGUGUUCGGUUUCAGAGAGGCUAAAUCAUAAACAUAUCCUCCGUGAGGGCUGCAGUUCCUUUGCCUAAUGGCUGCUUACCCCAUUUCUCCAUUUGCCUCAACUCCUCUGUUCGUUUGCAGUUACUGGACUUGACUUAUUUUAUUAAGCUAUUUUUACCCAGCAUUUCCCAGGGCCCUUAGAGAUGCUUUAAAACACAUACAAUUCAUGAAAAGCAAUAGAAUCACCGGUCAGCUUACAAUAAGCAUGCCCCUCCCCAAAUAACCCACCUUUAAUCAAAUCAAAUAAUUGUUUGCAGGUUUAGCAGACUGGCAUAGAUUUGAAUAAGCCCUUUUUGCUGGCAUUGAUGGUGGUGAACUUUCAGGCUUUGCCAUUUCUAAUACUGAAACUCAAAGGGUUCUCAUUUGUGGUUGGCCAGUGUUUCUAAGUGCUGAGAGAGAAUGGAAGGGGGGUGGGACCUGUAAGCUGCUUGAUGAAACCCUCCAGGCCUUCCUUGGAGUGUUUCAAUAUCUAGUUUUCUUCAAAGCUUGUUUCUCCAAACAGGUGAGUGACCUCCAGCUUCGCAAAGUGGAUGAACUGGACUGCCUUAUUAGAGGAGUGCUGUACAUUGAUUCGGUUGGGUUCAACGGACACUCGGAGUGCUACUAUUUUGAGAACCCAACCGAUCCCGAGAAGUGCCAGAAGCUCCCCUUCAACUUGGAGAACCCUUACCCUCUUCUGCUGGUGAACAUUGGCUCCGGGGUCAGCAUCCUGGCCGUCUAUUCUAAAGACGAUUACAAGCGGGUGACUGGGACCAGGUGAGCUUUGAAAAUGUAAUGCUUUCGCUUUCAGAUCUGCUAAGCAAGUUGGGUCCACGAAUCAAGUGACUUGCAGUCCACAUGCAUGGCUAAGUGAUACCUCUGGUGUCAGAUGGGCACAGUGCGGCUGCGUCAUGUACAGUGGUACCUUGGGUUAAGAACUUAAUUCGUUCUGGAGGUCCGUUCUUAACCUGAAACUGUUCUUAACCUGAGGUACUACUUUAGCUAAUGGGGCCUCCCGCUGCGCUGCCGCCACACAAUUUCUGUUCUUAUCCUGAAGCAGAGUUCUUAACCCGAGGUACUACUUCCGGCUUAGCAGAGUCUGUAACCUGAAGCGUCUGUAACCUGAAGCGUCUGAACCUGAGGUACCACUGUAGCUGUUGAGGCUGCAGUUCUGUUCAUCUGGCAGCAAGGCCUAUUUACCACAAUGGGACUUAUUUUGGAGAAAACAUGCCUCGGGUUCAGCUGCAAAAGUGUCAUCUGCUCCCUUUUCUCUGUGAGGAUGUAAAAAAAUUAAGGAUUUUGCCACAUCCUCACAUCCCUCAUGAGGCUAGCGUGGAGGCCUGUGCCGUGACGUUGUCUGUUAACUAGUUAACUUCAUUUCUGCUGGGUUAAAUCACAGGCGUCUUGUCCUGCAAGUUGUUGGUCUUCUCAUCCCCCUCUACCCAGCACUUUCACAGGAUGGUAGAAGUGAUUUGUGCGUCUUGUUUGUUUGCUAGCCUUGGAGGAGGAACCUUUUUUGGUCUCUGCUGCCUGCUGACUGGCUGCUCCACCUUUGAAGAGGCCCUCGAAAUGGCAGCCAACGGGGACAGCACCAAAGUGGACAAACUAGUGCGGGACAUUUACGGAGGAGACUAUGAGAGAUUUGGGCUUCCCGGUUGGACGGUAGCAUCCAGGUAAGGCCGCACCUGGUGUUUCAGUAGGGGGCAUGAGGCAGCUUGAAUAACCUUUCCCCAUCUCUUUGGUUUUGGCAGCCUGGGAAAAGGUGGCUUCUGAAUGAGCCUCUGAAUGUCAGUUUUGGGGAAUUGCAAAUUGGGAGAGCACCGUUGAGCUCGUGUCCUUGCAGGCUUCCAGUUGGCUACUGCAGACUAGAUGGGUCUCUGGUCUGAUUCUGCCGUGAGCCUUCCUUAAGUUUUUAUGUUUUUAGCUAUUGUAGUGCACUGCAUUUAAUUUCUUUGCUCGCCCAGAGCCUUUUGACAUGGGGUAAGCUAAGAAUCAGACAAACGAAAACUUGUGUCAACCCUGAAACAGAGCAGCAGUUGUCUUUAUUUUGCUUCAGAUGAAUGAGCAUAGGAAGUACCAAUAGGACCCAAGAGAAGAAUUGUGUCUCUAAGGUUCUUAUGCCCAUAUUCCCCAGUUUAUAGACUGCUGGCUUCCUCAGGCUUGAUGAGCCUGUCUUGUAGCCUGUGGAAGUGUGGGCUUGGAAGAGGGAAGUGAAUCAGGCAUGGGACUAGCCCAACUUUCACUCCGGUGCCACUUUUAACCGGCAAGGGGCUUCAGCUCAGCACCUGAAUGCAUGGAAAUUCACACUUGAUCCUGAGGGUGUUGGGUAGCAACUCUUGGAAAAGCUUCUAUGGGCCCAGUAGAAUAGACUCGCUCCCACGAAAGGUGGUGGACUAUCCUUCCUUAGAGGUUUUUAAGCUGAGGCCAGAUGGCCGUCUGUCAAGGAUGAUUCAGUGGGUUGGACUAGAUGACGCUUGGGUCCCUUCCAACUCUGAUUCUAGGAACUGAAAGUUGGCAAUCCCGUAUGUUUCUCAUGUAAAUGGAUUUUUAGGUGGGGGGAAAAUUGUGCACAAUUUUCUGUCCAGCUUUGGAAACAUGAUGAGCAAGGAGAAGCGAGAGGCAGCUAGCAAGGAAGACUUGGCAAGAGCGGCUUUGAUCACCAUCACGAAUAACAUCGGCUCCAUAGCACGGAUGUGUGCGCUUAAUGAGGUAUGGAAAGAGAGGAGCCGGGGAGCCAGUCAAGGGAAGUGUGUGCUUUUCAGUUCCUCACGGUCCUGUUGGUGGGGGCUGGGAAUGCCUUCUGAAAGCGUUAUCUGUCUUGUUGUGGUCUGUUGUGAAUGAGCAGCCAACUGUUUUGUGCUUCCCACUUUGCUCCUCUCCUGCCAUGAGCUGGAGAAAUAAACCAGGAAUCUUUGGUUUCCCAUUACAUCUGAACGAAAGAUGGUGGUUGGCUGCUCAUUUACAAACCACAGUCAGCAAACUGCCCCUUAAGCUGUGGUUUGUGGUUGGCUUGCUGACUGUGGCUUCUUAGGGAGUAGCAAGCCAGGAUCCCUGCUCUGCAUGUUUCCCGCCUUCCUUUCACACGGGGGGUGUUUAGGGUUGGAGGGAGCAAAGUGAGAAUGAUCAGGCAGCAUGCACAAUAAACACUGAUAAACCAGAGAGUCUGGCUUAGCGUUGUGUGUGAAUGUGAACAAUGAGUAAAGAGCUGUCCUUUUGCUCCGGUGAGCAGUGAGAAUUUCUGAUGCUGAGGCCCCGCACUGCACCAUGGUCCAGCAAUUCCUCUGAGCCACUUCCUGUUGCUGUCGAGAUGUGCUGGGCAGCAUUGACUAGGGAUAUUGUAAACCUGUUCCAAACCAAGCUAAAUAAUGUUUCCAGGUUUCCGAUGAACCCCACUGUUAGAUUGUAAACAGUACAGAGAGCUUCUUUUUCUGAGGGUAGUCAGGAGAGACAGACAGGAGGAUCUUUGGAGUCACUGCUGCUUCUAAAAGGGAUAAAACUCCCUGUCGAGGCUGAGGACUUCAGCCGAGGAAGAGGGAGCAGGCCAGGAAGUAAGCUGUCUUGCAGCAAGAAUCGCUCCUCCUAUCCCAGCUUAUUGCGUGGCAUUACCUGAGCUUGGUGCUUUCAGCUUCUUUACAGUGCUGCCUUGUUGCAAUCAUGUCAAGCAGCAUUGUACAGGGCUAUGAAAGAGCCAGGCCCUCUCAUCUUUUGCCUUGGGGCGUCCGUGGCGCAGCAAGGAAGGCUAGCAUCCCUGCCACUGUAACCCAUCGCCUGAUAUAACAGCAGCUCCAAAGAGAAGCCUUUGGGGGACACUCAGAGGAGGUGUGCAGGAUAACUGGAAAACCAGAGGCAAAGGUGACACUAUGGUAGGAAAGGGUUAGAGGAGGAAAGUGGUAACAGCUAGGACUUCAGCUUUACCUGAUCUCAAUUGCCUGCCUUCACCCCAGGUCUUAAGGUGAGUCGCUGAUGCAGAAGUUCUUUCUGCAAGGUAGCUUGCACAAUAGAUAUUGUGCUGACUUAUUUCUCCUCUAGGAUGUGAACUUCACACCACCCUACCCACCGUUGACCACUCCAGUAACCCUCUCUUACUGGGCACAGCUUCUCCUGUCCCUAGAUCCCAGUUCUCUCUCCACUGAUCCCUACUUGCCAAAGCACACAUGCCACCACCUUCACAGCAGGCGCCCUGACAGUUAAUAUUCUGUGACUGACACUUGCCCAUCAGCAGCAGCUCAGCCAGGGAAUAAGGCAGGACCUCGAAGGCCACCAAUCUUAAAAUGUUUUCUUUCCAUAGGAUGAAAACCAGCAGAAACCCCCAGGAAUCAUCUGUUCAGUUAUUUUGCUCAAACGUCUCUUCUGUGAUGCCUGACCCCCCCAUUUCAUUAUCUUGUUCUCUAUCCUAGCUUGUCCCAUUUUGCUGCAGCUAAUUUCCACAGUGCAAUCUGUUCUCUCCCAUCUGGACCAGGCUUGCACCCUCUAAUAAUUGCUUACCUCCUGAGCCUGGUGCUAACUUGGAAAUGCAAAGCAGUGCAAAGUGGGGCUCGGGGGAUAUGAUGCUCUUAACUAACCUAAACUACUGGGAAAUGUUGGUCUUGAGUGAGACACGAAUGCAAGAACUAAAUCAGCCUUCGGCGGCCUGGUGCCCUCCAUAGAAUGGACUACAGCUCCAGCCAGCUGGGACUGAUGGGAGUUGUAGCCCAACGACAUUGGGGGCCGCACUAGGUUGGCAAAGGCUAAACUAAGUCAAAGAAAUGGCAGGGUGCAUGUUUUAAGUGUGUUUGUUACUGUGAACAGAGAUGUCAAGAGUCUUAACACUCCUUCCCCCUCUUGCAGAACAUUAAUCGGGUGGUUUUCGUGGGGAACUUCUUGCGUAUCAACACAAUCUCAAUGAAGUUUCUGGCGUAUGCUUUGGAUUAUUGGUCAAAGGGGCAGUUGAAGGCCCUGUUUCUGGAGCACGAGGUAGAGUCACAUUGAAAUGCAAGCGCUCUCUUUCUUCCUCCCUCUCUCCCUCCCCCCCCCCCAACUAUAGCCAAGGCAGGGUAGGGUGGGUGGUAAGUAUCCUGCAAAUAGAUUGUCCACUGUUUCCAUUUUUUGAAUAAAUGAAAGGGAGGGGAGGGACCUAUUUCCAUCUUUUAUUUCAGUGCUGUGGCUCUCGUAAUCUGACAGUUCAAUAAUCCUGAAACACUCUCUUUGUAAUUAUUAUAAUAAUUAACUGGAUUUAGAGCUUAACCUGAGGAUGCAGGGCAGUGAAUAGCAAUUUAGUAGGUCAUAUAAAAGGAGCAAAGAGGGGAGGAGGUGGGGUAAUACCCAGAUGUGUGUGUGUAUGUGUGUGUGUGUGAGAGAGAGCGCGAGCUGAACUUAAUAAAAAGAAGGCCCCCCCCCCUGAAAGCAAGUAUGAGGGGCUUGUGAGGGGGGACUCGGCCAAUCUCAGAGGAAGUGUGUGACAGGGUCCUUGCCUGCCUUCCUGGCUUGGUGUGGUCACACAUAGUGGUGUUUUUCCCCCCUUUCUUUUUAAAGGAUAUCUAAUCAAACAACCAUCACUUUAAAAUCAAAGUAAUGAGUAGGCCGAUCUUGAUCUUUGGGGCAAGUGUAUUUUGACAAGCAAUCUGAUCCUUUGCAUCUGUGCUGGUUUCGUUUUUUUAAACAGGGCUACUUUGGAGCAGUUGGAGCUCUUUUGGAGCUUUUGAAUACAUCCUGAUUCGAAGUGGAGCCUGGGUCCAGGUUUUGCUGCUGGCAACGUCUACACCAAAGGGAACAUCUCUGUUCAUUCAGCUUUAUUUGUAAGUGGGGGCGGGGGUCUUGUCUGUUUGACAAAUAACUGGAAGAAAUAGUGAGUGACCUCAGCGAUCAGUGCCGAAAAGGACAAAGGUGUGUGUGCUUUUUAAAUAGCAUAAUCUGAAUAUAAACUAGUUUGUAAGAAGCCUAUAUCUGUUUAUGCGAACUGUAUUUGUCUUGCCUCUGGUAAAAUACAUGUUCAAUCAGUCUUGCUUUGAGCAGCUCAUGCCGUUAGGCGGCUGAGAGGGGGUCAGGGGCAUGGGUGGUACAGGUUGUACUAUUCUGAAAACCAGCCUUUGCCAGCCUGGUGCCCCUGUAAGUUUUGGACAGCAGCUGCUGUUUUGGGAGGACACUAGGUUGGCGGAGGCGGCUCAAAACCUAUUUUUAAGUUCUGUUUUUUUAACUUUCUAAUCUUGUAUGGACCCUUAUUAAUUUUCAUCAUAGCACUGAAAUGUGUAGAAUAUGAAAACACACUUGAGAUAUUAAAUCUAUUUUUAAAAAGAACAGUGUGCAGCCUUAUUGCCGUGAAGAAAAUUGCUUUCCUGCUUGUGUUCAUGUAAAGAAAUUGGGGAGAAGGAAGGGGAUCUGGGGAAGAGAAGGAUUUAAGCCUGCAUUCCCAGUUAUGGCGACACAACCUGUCAUCUUCCUUCUUCUGAAGAUGGGGAGGGUGGGGAUCAGAAGCCACGUUUUCGGGCUGCAAGUGGGCACCAAGCUGAGCCCAUCGUGUAGCCUAGAGUCACUCUAGUUCCCAGAAUGUUAAUGGACUACAACUCCCUGACCAUUGGCUAAGAUGGCUGGGGCUGAUGGAAGUUGUAGUCCAACAACAUCUGGGGACCCAAGGUCAAAGAAGAUGGCUCUAGAUCAGGGUUUCCCAGACUUCAGUCUCCAGCUGUUUUUGGACUACAAUUUCCAUCAUUCCUGACCACUGGUCCUGCUAGCUAGGAAUGAUGGGAAUUGUAGUCCAAAAAUAGCUGGAGAUCCAAGUUUGGGGAACCUUGCUCUAGAUCACACUUCAGAAGAUAUGCUUUUCCUUGUGCCUUGGAAGUACUCCCCCCCCCCCAUGAAGGCAGCAAUGUGCCCAGCAGAAACAGGCAUGGGUGCAUCUCUGAUCCCAUCCUGCAGCCUAGACUGCAGACCCUCCUCCUUGUACCAUCGCAUACCAAAGAUCCAUGCUGCCACUGCUACCUGAGGCCCGCGAGCUGUAGAUGGACCACCUGUGGGUUGCGUGACCCAGUUAUUGGGCAUCUGUUGUAGUUGUUACAAGCAGAAUUUACAUGCUACCUUUCAUUUCAAGAAGAAAUGCCAAGGCAGUUCAC